CGGAAAAACAUUUUCACUCAGAGAGUGGUGGAUAUGUGGAAUGCUCUGCCCCAGAAGGCAGUGGACGCCAAGUCUCUGGAUGCAUUCAAGAGAGAGUUAGAUAGAGCUCUUAUAGAUAGCGGGGUCAAGGGAUAUGGGGAGAGGGCAGGAACGGGGUCUGAUUGUGUAUGAUCAGCCACGCUCACAGUGAAUGGCGGUGCUGGCUAGAGGGGCCGAAUGGCCUACUCCUGCACCUACUGUCUAUUGUUUCCCGUAGUGGGGGAGUCUAGGGCCAGAAUAGAGGUGAGGAGGGAUUUUUUUUCAGCCUGCGUGUGGCGACUUUAUUCCACAGGCGGCUAUGGGGGCGAAUUCAUCGGGCAUACUUAAGGCAGAGCUCGAUAGGUUCUUGAUCAGUCAGGUUACCGGGUAAGAGGUUGAGGGGAAAAUAAACCAACCAUGUUUGAUGAAGGUUGUGCGGAUUGGGUGAAUGGAUUCUCGACCCUGGGCGAGUACCUCCAUGACUCUGCCGGACUUGCCGAGUGAUGGACAGCUGGGCCCCGCCCCCUGCCGCGCCAGCCACGCCCCUUCCGGUGUCCGCCAGGGACAUGAUGGCGGCGCCCGUGAGCCGGUGCUAUGGCCGCGCCUUCCUCUCGCAGGUUCAGGUUCCGCUCCGGAGCCGUGCCUGGAGCAACAGCGGCAGCCCGGCCGGACCCGCCUCCCGCAACCGCGUCCGUCAGCGGGAGGAGAAGGAGCGGCGGUUGCGGCGACGGGCGGCGGUGAUAGAGGCCCGGGGGGGCGCCGGAGGGGAACAGGGUGAGCGGAAGUGGCCGGAGCUGCCAGUGAUUACGUACGACAUACCGACGCAUCCUGGAGAGAAGAAAGACACCACGGCCCCCUUGCCCGACUCCUACAGCCCGCAGUACGUGGAGGCUGCUUGGUACCCGUGGUGGGAGCAACAAGGCUUCUUCAAGCCCGAGUCUCAGGCCCGUCUGUCUCAGCCAGAGGAGGCCACCUUCGCCCUGUGUAUUCCACCGCCCAACGUCACUGGCUCCCUACACCUGGGACACGCGCUGACUGUGGCAGUCCAAGACGCUGUGGUCCGAUGGCACCGGAUGCAGGGCCGCAAGGUGCUCUGGCUCCCGGGCUGUGACCAUGCCGGAAUUGCCACACAGGUGGUGGUGGAGAAGACCCUGCAGCGUGAGCGUGGAAUUAGCCGGCAGGACCUGUCACGCCACGAGUUCCUGCAGGAGGUGUGGCGAUGGAAGGAGGAGAAGGGUGAGGAGAUCUAUCAUCAGCUGCGUCGCCUGGGCUCCUCGCUGGACUGGGACCGGGCCUGCUUCACCAUGGACCCGGGUUACUGCGAGGCAGUGACGGAGGCAUUUGUCCGCCUGCAUGAGGCAGGCUUGGUGUACCGCGGGCAGGGGCUGGUGAACUGGUCGUGUGCCCUCAACUCUGCCAUAUCUGACAUCGAGGUGGAGAGCCGGCCCCUGCGUGGACGCACUCCCAUCUCGGUGCCUGGGUACCAGGAGCAGGUGGUCUUUGGAGAGCUGGUGAACUUUGCCUACCAGACCCAGGACGGGGGGGAGGAGAUCGUUGUGGCGACCACGCGCCCGGAGACCAUGCUGGGGGACGUUGCUGUGGCUGUCCACCCUGAUGACCAGCGGUACACCCACCUCCAGGGGAAGUGUGUCCGGCACCCAUUCGCCCACCGGCUGCUGCCCAUCAUCACCGACCCACUGGUUGACCCGGCAUUUGGCACAGGUGCGGUGAAGGUGACUCCGGCCCACGACCACGCUGACCACCAGCUGGCCGUCCAGCACCGGCUUCCCCUUCUCACCGUCAUUCAGGAAGAUGGCACCAUGGUGGCCCUGAGCAAUGGCUGGCUGAAGGGUGUGAAGAGGUUUGACGCCCGUCAGCAGGUAGUGACGGCCCUGUCGGAGCGAGGCCUGUUCCGGGGAUCCAAGGAUCACGCCAUGGUCCUGCGGCUCUGCAGCCGGUCGAGAGACGUGGUGGAGCCCCUGCUGAAGAGUCAGUGGUACGUGAGGUGUCGGCAUCUGGCAGACAGCGCGAUGGCGGCCGUGGACCGUGGAGAUCUGACCUUCAUUCCUGCCUCCCUGAACAACAUCUGGAACAGCUGGCUGUCUGACAUCAGUGAUUGGUGUGUGUCUCGGCAGCUGUGGUGGGGUCACCAGAUUCCGGCCUAUCGCGUCUCGCUCCCCGGAUCACAUGACCCCAAGGAUGACUCGAGCGAGCUGUGGGUGGUGGGUCGUACAGAGGAUGAGGCCCGAGGGAAAGCUGCGAGACAGCUCGGCUGGGAGGAGAGCAAGAUCACGCUGACACGGGAUGCAGACGUGUUGGACACUUGGUUCUCCUCAGCCCUCUUCCCCUUCGCGGCUCUGGGCUGGCCACGGGAGACGACCGAUUUGAAAACUUUCUACCCAAACUCGCUGCUGGAGACGGGCAGCGACCUGAUCUUCUUCUGGGUGGCCCGGAUGGUGAUGCUGGGCCAGUGGCUGACUGGGCAGCUGCCCUUCCCUCAGGUCCUCUUCCACCCUCUGGUGAGGGACGCCCACGGUCGGAAGAUGAGCAAGUCCCUGGGCAACGUCAUUGACCCGCUGGAUGUGAUCAAUGGGACCUCGUUGCAGCGUCUGCAGGAGAAGCUCCAGGAGGGGAACCUGGAUCCUCGGGAGAGACGCAUCGCCCUGGAGGGGCAGUGCCGGGAUUUUCCACAGGGAAUCCCGGAGUGCGGAUCGGAUGCCCUGCGUUUCGCCCUCUGCUCCCACCGGUGUCAAGGUGAAGACAUUAACGUGGACGUUGCCUCAUUCCUGAACGCCCGACGGUUCUGUAACAAGAUCUGGAAUGCCAUGAAGUUCACCCUCUCCGUCCUGCCCAGAGAUUUCCGAACACUGCCGCUGGAUGAGGUGGAGGGGACGGCCGCUAUCGAUCGGUGGGUGCUGGGGAGGCUGCAGCGUACUGCUGGCGUGUGUGACCGCGGAUUCCGGGAGCUUGACCUGUCGCUGGUCACCGGGGCCCUUCACCGCUUCUGGCUACACGACUUGUCCGAUGUCUACCUGGAGUGUGUGAAGCCGGCUCUGCGUGGAGAAGACAGCCGUUCUCGGGAAUCGACCCUCCAGGUCCUGCACGCCUGCGCUGACCUCUCCCUCCGCCUCCUCUCGCCCUUCAUGCCCUACCUGACCGAGGAACUGUGGCAACGCCUGCCAGGCCAGGAGCUGCAGGCAGAGCCCAGCGUCUGCCUCGCCCCGUACCCCAACCCUGGGUGGCUGCCAGACUGGAGUUGCCCCCAGCUGGAGUCGGACUUCCUGCUGGCACAGGAAGUGGUGCGCGCGGUGAGGGCACUGCGGGCAGAUUAUCAGCUGACCAAGGCACGGCCGGACCUCUAUAUCUGCUGUCAGGAGGAGGAGGCUGUUCGUCUGCACCCCUUCCUUGGGCCCCUGCAGACACUGUCACGCUCAGGACGGGCAGAGUUGCUGGACCCCGGUGUGAACCCACCCGAGGGAUGCACGAUGGCCGUGGUCAGCCAGUUCUGCCAGGUCCACCUGAAUCUCCAGGGAGCCAGGGACCCCCGCAGGGAGCUGGAGAAGCUGAGGGUAAGACGACAGCGGCUGGAAGCUGAGCUGGAGGCAGCGGUCGGUCGGACACAAGCGGCCGGGUACAGGGAGAAGGUUCCGGAGAGGAUCCAGCUGGAGCACACACAGAAGGCAGAGGCCGUCCGGGAGGAGUUGCAGCAAGUGAUGGAGGCAGAGAGGGGACUGGAGCAGAUGCUCCGCAGCUCGAGCUGAGGAGACUGGGGUGGGGAGAGAGCCACACCCCUCACUGACUGCCCCGCUCAGACCCAGAGGGGGAGAGGACAGUGUGUGAGACCCUCCACAGUACAAUGGUGUCUAUGGGUUGGGUUAGGAACUGUCGCCCAGUGACCACGGCUUUGAGGAUCCAUCUCAUGCUCACUGGGGUCUCACCACGGUCUGGUUCACUCUGUUUUACAGUCUCCUUCCUUACCGUCUCCUGCAGCUCUGUGGAAUCUGUACGUUCUUCCUGUGACUGUCUCGGUUCCCACCAUCUCCCCGUGGGUGCUGUCAUUUCCUCCCCCUUCACACCAACAGGCCAGUUGUUGGGAUGGUGGGUGUGUGGGGAGGGUCCAGGGAGAAUUGAGGAAGAGGAAGGCAUUGGGCUGGAGAAGAUGGGCACUGGGACUGCCUGAGGGCUGGCAUGAACCCGGUGGGCCAAAUGGCCUACCAGCGAGGCGGUCAGACUUCCCCGCAGACUGUGUCCUCCAGAUUCAGUGGUGCAAAGCUGUGUGACCCUAUGCGUGAAGCAGUGCCUCCUGUAUUCAGUCUGACCCCAUCCUUGCACCAAUGUCUCCAGCCUCAAGAAAUGGCCUCUCUGCAUCCCCCUCCUCCUCCUUCCCAAAGGCCAGCCUCAGUGAUCCCCCUCCACUCCCAGCUGGGCCCAGCUCCAAGGGCCUCCAGCAUUGCCCCACUGGGACGUCCCCCACACGAGUCUUCAUCUCCCCUGUACUCCAGCUGCCAAAGGACAUCAGCCCCUCCUACAAUGAAGGUGGGUGUACAGGGGAGACCAAAGCUGCCACCCUGAGAUGUCAACCCCUCCACAUCUGCUGCCUUCUGCUUUGCACACUCCUCGUGGGGGGGGGGGGGGGGGGAGAGGGAGAUUUGAACGGUGCUGGUACAUCAGAAAUUCAGUCAACAGGGUGAACCAGGACCGGUGCAGGUGCCAAGUUUGAGAGCAAGGCAGUGGGAAUCUUUGCAACUUUAAUCAUGGUUAAAAUAGCAGUGCCUGGUGCUGUCCAGCUCAAAUAAAAUAUGUUUCUCACAAGAGGCUCCGACGGAAAUAUUCACUUGCAUUUUAACUAAAAACAACACAAAAAAUAAAUAAACAACUGAUCUUUAUUAUAAACACAAGACAUUCUGCAGAUCCUGGAAAUCCGGAGUAACACACACAAAAUGCUGGAGGAACUCAGCAGGUCAGGCAGUAUCUAUAGAAAUGAAGAAACAGUGACGUUUUGGGCUGAUACCCUUCAUCAGGGCUGGAGGGGAAGCCAGAAUAAGAUGAGGGCAGGGGAAGGAGGAAGAUGGUGACUCAUGAAGCUAGGUGGAAGAGGGGAGAUGAAGUUAGAAGCUGGGAAGUGAGAAGGGUUGGAGAUGAAGAAAUGUAACAGGAGAGGAGAGUGGACCAUGGGAGGAAGGAGGAGAGACAAGGGGGGUGAUAGACUGGUGAGAAGAGGCCAGAGUGGGGAAUUGGAGAAGAUGGAUGGGGAAAAAUUAACUAGAAAUUGGAGAAAUCAAUGUUGAUGCCAUCGAGUUGGAGGUGAGGGAGGCCCCAUCUUGGCAGAAGAGGAGGCUGGUAUAUGAGAAUGGGGAUUGGAAGUAAAAUGGUUGGCCACUGGGAAACCACACUCCUGGCAGAUGGAACUUUAUUUCACUUUUCAAAAGUUUAACAUCGGGUGGUGAGAGUGGAGCUAACUUGUUGGAAACACUGGGGACGGCAUCCAGAAGGUGGUGCUAUCCAACUCUAUGCUAUUGGACACCCCACUUUCAGAGAAGGGGUUGGGGCAGAAGGUCAGGAGGUGCUGUAGCACACAGAAAGAGCCCCUUCAGCCCAUCAUAUACUAGUCCUAUUUAACCAGGACUUGGUCUGAAUGGUGUUAACCCUCCCAGUGGUGACUUUCUGUGUAGGGAUCCGGGAGGGUUGUGGUCACCGGGCCAGGCUCAUUACCCAACACCAGGUCCAGUACAGCCCCUCCCUCCUCUUGUUGGACUGUCUACAGGUUGACUUAAGAAACCCUCCUGAUGCACCUAACAAAUUAUGCCCCAUCUACUGCUCAGAAGGCCCCAGUUUAUAUUAGGGAAGUUGAUAACAAACCUGUUAUUUUUAUACCUCUCCUUAAGCUGCCUGUAUAUCUGUUCAGUGUCCCGGUGGCUAUUGGAGGGUCUGUAAUCCAAUCCAAUACAAUAAUUCCUCUUUUUGAAUUCUACCAAUACAGACUCAGUGGACGAGCUCUCCAUUAUGUCUCUCUGAGUGUAGCUGUGAUGUUGUCCCUGAUUAGUAGUGCAACUCCCCCACUUCUCUAAAGGAUCAGACCUUCGGGAUACAAUCCUGUUUCUCUCUCUCUCAAAACCAGAUCUCUGUGACAGCCACAGCAUCAUAGUUCAUGUACUGAUCCAUGCGUUAAGUUCAUCACCUUUACUCUCAAUACUCCCAGCAUUAAAAUACACACACUUCAAACUAGCUGUCCUAUCAUAUCAAUUACUUUGUUCCUGCUAGUUUUACUGGCCCUGGCAUCUACUGCCCUCUUCAUCCCUCCACUUUCUCUCCUAGAGCUCUGGUUCCCUUCCCCCUGCCAAACGAAUUUAAAACCCUCCUGAGUAGCACUAAUGAACCUCCCAGCCAGGAUAUUGGCUCCCCUCCAGUUUCAGUGCAACCCGUCCCUCUGUACAGGUCACCCCUGGGGCAGAAAAGGUUCUGGCGAUCCAAGAACCUGAAGUUCUGCCCCCUGCACCAGUUCCACAGCUAGUACUGUCAUACUAUUCCCACCUUGCCUUGCACCUGGCACCAGGAGUGAUCUGGAGUUUACUACCAUGGAGUCCUGCUCUUCAACCCCUUUCCCAACUCCAUCGACAGUACCCGGACCUCUUCCCCACUCUACCUCUGUCAUCCGUACCAAUUUGCACUACGAUCUCUGGCUGCUCACCCUCCCCCCAAGAGCAUUCUGCAGGUGCUCUGACAUAUAUUGGACCCCACUGGCUGGGAGGCAACACACCAUCCUGUUGUCUCUUUUGCAGCCACAAGAUCUCCAGCUCAUCUCCCUAUCAAGUCUCCUAUCAUCUGGAUGCUUAACAUUCUCAAAGAGGAGUGUGAGCAGCUGAAGUCUUGGUACAUAAUGGCGCCAAUGACAUAAGUAGGAAAAGGGAGGAGGUCCUGGAGAGAGAUUAGAGAGCUAGAUUGAAAGCUAAAAAAGCAGGACCUCCAGGGCAGUAAUCUCUGGCCUGCUGCCUGUACAAUUUGGCAGAUGAAUGCGUAGCUGAGGAAUUGGUGUAGGGGGCAGAGGUUCAUAUUCCUGUAUCAUUGGGAUCUCUUCUGGGGAAGGUAUGACCUGUACAAAACGGAUGGGUUACACCUAAACCCGAUAACAUUGUGGGCAGGUUCACUGGAACCAUGAGGUAGGGUUUAAACUAACUUGGCAGGUGGAGUGGUGUGGAAAUUAAGGAUAAAGUAGUUGGUAUACAAACAGAGGCAGUUUGCAGAGAGAUUGUCAGGAAGGAGAGGCAGAUGAUAGAGAAAACUGUAGUCAGCAGAAUGAGUGUGCAGUGUAAUGGACACAAUCAAAAUGGGGAUGAGUUCAGGAUUGAAGGUGAAUAAACUUCUUGGGCUUCCAGCCUGGUACAGGUAUUGAUUGUAAGUCAUUUUGAUGACAAACUCUGCUAUUUUCAUCAGGGAUGAUACCUAGGCAGGUCUAGGCCGGUGGUAUUUAAUACCCUUAUCGUCCAUCCCUCCUGAUAAUUAGUCCUCAUCCAAUCAGGUUUGCAUUCUCAUUGUUUACAACUAAAUUCCAGUUCUUAUUUAGAGCGAGACCUUUGUCUUUGUUAAAAUUCUUUUCCCCUAUUUUUAUUUCAAUGGCUUCCUUUACCAGGCUGUUCCAGGCACAGCACAGUAGUUUUGUGCCAUCUAAUCCAUUCCUAUAACUAUUGCCAAUGCAAUGUUGUGCUACCACCAAAUUUUCCAGGUAACCAAAACAGAUACUGUUCACCUGUGCUCCUUGAUGCGGGUUUCCAGCGUGCGUUCUGUCUGGCAGAUGUACGCUGUUCUACAUUCACAGGGAAUCCUGUAAACACCAGCCAUACUGAGUCCCAGGUCAUCUUUGACCCACAUAAGCUCUGAUUUGAGCUUCCUUAUGAGUUUGUGGAUGGUAUUUCUCUGGAAUUUCUUAAGGAUUUUGGCAUUCCUUCCAGAAACCAUGGAAAUAUAGGGAAGACAGGCAGUAGCGAAGGGUUCCUCCUUAUUACACUUCCUGGUUUUCUCAUCAGCUCUUUUAAGGGCCCAACUGAUUUCCUUCACCUUGUAGCCAUUCUGUAGGAAUGCUGUGCUUAAUUGUCUUAUUUCCUCGGGGAGACUAUGGCGGUGUUGCAAUAGUCAUGGGGGAUUUCAAUAUGCCAGUAUAUUCAGAAAAUCAGAUUUCAGGAGGGAGAAUUUGUAGAAUACUUACGAGAUGGCUUUUUAGAGCAGCUUCUGCUGAAGUUCACUAGGGGAUCAGCUAUUCUGCAGUGGCUGUUGGGCAAUAUACCAGAUUUGAUUAGGGAGCUUAAUGUACAGGAAUCCUUAGGAGGCAGCAAUCAUAAUAUGAUCGAAUUCACCCAGCGAUUUGAGAGAUAGAAGCUAAAGUCAGAUCUAUCAGUAUUACAGUGCAGUAAAGGGAAUUACAGAGGCAUGAGAGAGAAGCUUGCCAAUAUUGAUUGGAAGGGGACACUAGAAGGGAUAAUGGCAGAGCAGCAAUGCCUGAAGUUUCUGGGAGCAAUUUGAAAAGACCUGGAUAGAUACAUCUCAAAGAAGAAGUAUUCUAAUUGCUGGAUGACACAACUAUGGCUGACAAGGCAAAUCAAAACCAACGUAAAAGAAACGAGAGGGCAUGUAAUAGACCAGAGCAAAACUAUCAGAAGCAAGUAUAAAAAGCCAUAGGGAGUGAAAAGAUGAAAGAAGGUAAGCAAGCCAAUAACAUCACAGGAUAGCAAAUGUGUGUGUAUUUUAGAUCUAUAAAAUAAGUGAGAUUAGAUAUCGGACUACUGGAAAAUAGCACUGGGCUGGUAGUAAUGGGGGACAAGGAAAUGGCAGAUGAAGUGAAUAAAUAUUUUGCAUCGGUAUUUUCUGUGGAAGGCACGGGAUGUUCGAGAAUGUCAGGGCAGAAGUGAGUCCAACUGCUAUUAUUAGGGAGAUGGUACUUGGGAAGCUGAAAGGUCUUAAGGUAGAUAAUCAUGUCGAUCAGAUGGAGUACACCCGAGGAUUCUGAAAGAAGUAGCUGAAGAGAAAGAGGAGGCAUUAUUGAUGAUCUUUCAAGAAUCACUAGAUUCUGCCAUGGUUCCAUGGGACUGGAAAAUUGCAAAUGUCUCUCCAGUUUUCAGGACAAGAGGGAGGCAGAAGAAGGGAAAUUAUAGGCCAAUUAGUGUUUGGGAAGAUGUUGGAGGUGAUCAUUAAGGAUGUAGUUUUGGUGCACUUGGAGGCACAUAAUAAAGUGUGCCAACGUCAGCGUGGUUUCCUUAAGGGAACAUCUUGCCUGACAAAUCUGUUGUAAUUCUUUGAGGAAAUGAAAAGCAGAAAAGGCAAAGGAGAAUUGGUUGCCUUUGACAAGAUAACAUUCGUGAAGCUGCUUAGCAGGAUAAGAGCCCAUGGUAUUACAGGAAAGAUAGAACAGUGGCUGAUUGGCAGGAGGCAAAGAGUAGGAGUAAAAGGAGCCUUUUCUGGUUGGCUGCUGGUGACUAGUGGUGUACCACAGGGAUCUGUGUCGGGACCACUUUUUACAUUGUACGCCAAUGAUGGAAUUGAAGGCUUUGUGGCCAAGUUUGCAGACAAUGCACAGAUAGGUGAAGAGGCAGGUAGUAUUGUGGAAGUAUGGAGUCUGCAGAAGGGCUUAGACAGAUCAGGAGAAUGGGCAAAGAAGUGGCAGAUGGAAUACAGUGCAUGGACAUGCACUUUGGUAGAAGGAAUUAAAGUGCAAGACUAUUUUCUAAACAAGAAGAAAAUUCAAAAUCCUGAGGUGCAAAGGGACUUGGGAGUCCUCAUGCAUGAUUCCCUGAAGGUUAAUUUGCUGGUUAAGUCGGUGGUGAGGAAGACAAAUGCAAUGCUUUAUUUCGAGAGGACAAGAAUACAAAGUAAGGAUGUAAUGCUGAGGCUUUUUAAGGCAUUGGUCAGACUACACUUGGAGUGCUGUGAGUAGUUUUGGGCCCCUUUUCUAAAAAAAAGGAUGCGCUGACAUUGUAGAAGGUUCAAAAAAAUGAUUAUCACAUGAGUUGUGUUUGACGGCUUUGGGCCUGUACUCACUAGAAUUUAGAGAUCACACUGAAAGCAGUCAAAUAUUGAAAAGCCUGGAUAGAGUGGAUGUUUCCCAUAAUGGGGGGGGGGGGGAGAGAAUGCCAGGGUUGGAGAGCACAAUGCACAAUGUCAGAAUAGAGGGACAGCCAUUUAGAAUGGAGAUGAGGAGGAAUUUCUUUAGUGAAUCUGGAAUUCAUUGCCACAGGGGGCUGAGGAGGCCAAGUCAUUGGGUGUAUUUAAAGUGGAAGUUGAUGGAUUCUUGAUGUCAGGAUGUGAAAGAUUACAGGGAUAAGGCAGGAGAAUGCGGUUGAGAGAGAAAUGGAUCAGCCAUGAUUAAACAGCGAAGCAGACUCCAAGGGCUAAAUGGCUACAUUCUGCUCCAAUGUCUUAUGAUCACUCUGCCUGACUUUUUCCUUCCCUGCCAGGCCUCAGCACCAGCCACAGCGCCACUGGCUUCGGUUGCUGAGGGGAAUGACCCUUACAUCUGGUCGUCACCUAUCUGCAGCCUACACUCUGGGUGUGGGCAGCUGUGAGAUUUUCUUUUGCCUCCCGGAAAAUCCUUAGUACAUCCAAUUCCUUGACCUUGUCAGUCAAUUUAAGUCGGAGGUACUUCCCAUUCAUUUUACUGGAGCAUUCCACCACCUUAUCCAUGCUUCCUACACUGAGUUCAGGAUUGACGAUUUACAGACAAGAACAAAAAUCCCACCUGCUCCCUGUGUCUUAGAGCUCUGAGUUCCGCACUCACCUAGAUCACUUACUCGGCCUCUAGCCGCCGAGCUUGUCAUACCUUUGGCUCUAACUCUACAGCGGAAGUCCAGCUCAGCACUGAUGCCGUGCUGGAUAUCUCUAUCAACCCCUGCAUCCCACCUUAUCUCCAUUCACUGAUGUAAGGCACAUCCCGAUUUACUCCCGCUGAACAGGAGAAAAUCUGCAGUUGCUGGAAAUCUACAACCCACACUAAGUGCUGGAGGAACUCAGCAGGCCAGGCAGCAUCUACGAAAGAAAAGUACAGUCAACGUUUCGAGUCGACACGCUUCAGCAGGACUGCUCUGAGCCCCUCCAGCAAUUUUGUGUGUUAUUCCUGCUGCCCAGUAAAGUUGUCCAUCAAUCAUCUGGCACCUCACCGUGGCCAACGCAAAUUAACAUCUACAUCGGGACCUAGCAAUUUCUUUCUUUACGCGGCAGUUCUGACGGGUCUCGGCCCAAGAGGGCACUGUUUAUAAAUGACCUGCUGAGUUCCUCCAGCAUUUUGUGUUAUGAAAUGUCUAUCGUUUGUCUGAUCUUGACCAUCAGUGAUACUGCAACCUUUUUUUUCCCCUGCACAGUAUACUCAGCCAUACUUUCUAAGCUCAAGGGUCCCACUUUUUCAAUAUCUGCUUCAUUCUGCCGCAUUUUUUUUAAUCGUUCAUGAAACCCUUGCUAUCCCUGUCCGUGCAUGGUUUCCCAAUUUUGCCACUCACACCUCUCUCUCAAUGUCAUGCCGCAACAGUAGAGGGAAAGCUUUGAGCAGUUGACCCGAGAUCACCACUGCCGAAUUAGACUGGUCGACCCCACGCUGACGUGUAUCGCCUUUUCUGUUAGUGGGUUGACCGGGGUUCAGUCACCCAGAGGAAGCUUUGCUCCCCGACCAGUCGCCAUCUGUCCCCGCCUCAGACGAGCUGCAGGAACGGUCAAGGCCACUCAGCUCCACUGGAACUUCGCUUCUAUCUUUCCAGCUCAGCUGAAGUCGGUUAAAUCAGACUACCUCCGGUCGCCACCCCUAACCUCCCGGUUCUGUGCCAGACCAGCAGCGACGUGAUAGAGGGAAGCCCUUGCCCAAACCUACCUUCACUUGAGCCCUUUCUUUCUGAUUGGCUGGCGGAGACGGUAACAUGCGGAUAGAUUGAUGAGCAGGCCAAUAACAUACACGGCAAUCACAUCAUGCCUUAACUCUCCAAUCAGUACUGGCGGGACUCCCGGUGUUUCCGGAUUCCUGCAGUCAGCCUGUCUCCGUAUCCCGUAACCGAAGGUGGGCCCCGAACUCCCGCAGGUGGCGUGCCGGCGGGAGUAUUAACAGAUGGAGGAAGUUUUUACCCUGGGAACUCCCACCCCCUACGUGCCGACCCGAAUAUACGAAAGCAGCCAAUGUUCUGUGCAAACUCCCUCCCCGGGGAAAUGGGUUAAAGGAAUCAUUCUUAAUAAUUUUGGAGAUAUUAAAAAUUCAAUAGAAAAUAUUUCAUUUUCUUCUUCAAACCCAGUCUUUUGUUUCUUUGCAUCUCUCAUUCUGUCCCUGAUUUUGUCAUGACCACACUAUUCUGACGUACACUUCCUGGUUUUAUUUAUUUCAGUGUGAUUUGAUAAGGAGUUAAACAAAGCUUGCUCAGUUGACAUAAUUCCUAAGUGUCCUUAGACCUGGGUGAGGCAAACCAAAACCUCAGAGAGACUUGGGAAGGAAGGGUAAGCCUUUGCGUGGAUUGAGGGGUAUAUACGCCCAUGACGGGUACAGAUUGAUUAAAUGCAAGCAGACUUUUCCCACUGAGGUUAAGUGGAACUACAACUGAAGGUCAGGGUUAAGGGUAACACGAGGGGAAACAGAGGGUCGUGAGAGAGUGAGCGCCAGCGGUGCAUGCGAGCUGAAUUUCAACGUCUAAGUUCGGAUAGGUACAUGGGUGGUAGUGGUAUGUAAGUAGACAGUUCAAAUGAUUUGGCAUGGACAAGAUGGGCCGAAGGGACUGUUUCUGUGCUGACUUUUCUAUGACGUUACCUCUUCCCGCAUUUAAAUCAGAAUACUCCGGGAUGGUUGGGAAGACUUGUCUGCUUUCCUACACUCUCCGACCAGCCCCACCUCCUCUCUCCUUCAAUAUAGCCAGAGGUGAUCCAUUGGUUCCAUAAAAGCUCCACUUCAGUCGUUCGUAACAGAUUGCUGGAAGAACACGGCAGUACUCGGCCCUCAGUCUACCGCUCUCGUCUUCCCACCCCCCGCCCCGCACAACACUUUCCAAAAAUAAACCGAUUUAAAUUCCGAGCGAUCAAUGUGAAACAUACAAACGUCUGUGUUUAAUGAGAUCAGAGAACCAACCUAUCACAGCUUUACCGAGAAAAAACCCUCUGGCGAGAAAAUAAUCACAUUUUACAAACGCCCCACCUUUAGAAACAGGUGCUGUGCAAGUCCUAGAUGCAUAUUUUAAAUUUAUUUACACCGGAUGCGACCCAGCGCCCCGCCCCGACACAGGAUAGUGGUAAGACCUUGUAUGGGAAUUGGAACUACCAACCAUCAUUGGACACAUUUUAGAAAUUAUAAUUUUAGAAAACACAGGUGUGGAUGGCGAAAACCUCUCGCAACUGGCUCAUUUUCUGAGAGUGCUUUCCCAUCCGUAAUUUCAAUCUCUCCGCACCCCCCUUUUUCCCUGAAAAUAUCGCAGUCGGCGGACAAUUUGGCCACGGGGCCCUUCAUCCCUGCGCGCUAGCAGUCACUCCGAUUGCCCAUUCCACAUCCAGACCAGUAACUCUGGUUCUGAUCGAGCUGCUCUGUGCAGAUAUAAUCAUAUAUUUAUUUAUUGUUAUAAAAAAUAAAAAUCGCAGCGAGCUGCAGUCUUUUUCUCACCGCAACUGAGAGCGGGAAGGUUUCCUCCGUUCACGUUUGUGGCCCCUUCUCAAAUACUCCCCUCCCCCCAAGUUGCCGGGACCCUCUUCCGGGCUGGUUCGGGGUUGGGCAGAAUGAGGAUGCGACAUCACAAGACGUAAAUGGGAGGAGGGCGGGGAAGAAGGGAUAUAAACAAGAGGAAGAGUGGAUAAUAAGCACUCCCCCCGCCAGAAGGUGGUGAAUCUGUUGGUAUUUCAGUUGUCACCUGCCCUAGCCCCUCCUCCCCGAGCGGGAUGAGUGCCCGUGGUUCCUGCUGAGACCAGGCAAUACUCAUCUCCACCAGAAUCUUUGACAGCAGGCCCAAGCUGAACCUUGCACUGACCACUGCACAGCCAUCCGUCCUACCUCCCUUCCCCAGAGCUAUCUGCCCUCCCUGCAGAGAUGACAGAUGUCCACCCACCGUAGAGACGACUGACAACUCACAUGACCCCAUAGCCAUCAGAGUCUGAUAAACCCACCCCACAGCCAUUACUUCCUGAUCCUCCCUCUCCCAUGGUGUCUAAUGUGUUAUCAAAAUCUCAUCUUCCAUGUGGUGUCUGACAAACCCAAGGACCCUGUGGUCAUCAUUUCAAGUCUGACUCACCUCCUCCCCCCCCCACCCCACCCCGAGCCACCUGGCCAGAGGUGACUCCUUGUAAUCCUCACCCCCUCACUCACUCACCCUUCACUAAGUGACUCCUGUGUAAUCCUCACCCCCUCACUCUUCACUGUGACUCCUGUGUAAUCCUCACCCCCUCACUCACCCUUCACUGAGUGACUCCUGUGUAAUCCUCACCCCCUCACUCAAUCACCCUUCACUGAGUGACUCCUGUGUAAUCCUCACCCCCUCACUCAAUCACCCUUCACUGAGUGACUCCUGUGUAAUCCUCACCCCAUCACUCACUCACCCUUUACUGAGUGACUCCUGUGUAAUCCUCACCCCCUCACUCUUCACUGAGUGACUCCUGUGUAAUCCUCACUCACUCACCCUUCACUAAGUGACUCCUGUGUAAUCCUCACCCGCUCACUCUUCACUGUGACUCCUGUGUAAUCCUCACCCCCUCACUCACUCACCCUUCACUGUGAUUACAGUGUAAUCCUCACCCCCUCACUCUUCACUGUGACUCCUGUGUAAUCCUCACCCCCUCACUCACUCACCCUUCACUGAGUGACUCCUGUGUAAUCCUCACCCUCACUCUUCACUGAGGUACUGCUGUGUAAUCCUCACCCCCUCACUCACUCUUCACUGACAGCACUCCCAGCAACACUUCCCACUGCGCCUCACUGGAAGCCAGUCAGCCAGCAGGAGGUGGGGGGGGGGGUGGGGGUUGGAAAGAGAGGGUAUUAACACUCAAAAAGGGGGAAAUCUGUUUUUCUCUACCCUCAUCUCUAGGAAGGAAAAAGGAGAGAAAGGGCAUAAAGAAAAGAGAGGUGAGCAAGAGA